AUGGCGACCGUAACCGCUGUACGGUGGUUGAGUGGCCGCUGCAGGCCUUUCCUGCCGACUGGUCGAGGGGCUGAUCAGUCUGGAGGGUUCCCCCGUUACAGAUUUUAUUCUGGAAGUGCACCCCUCCCAAAGGUUGAAGGAGCUGAUAUAGCAAGUGUUGAAGAAGUGGUCAUUCCAAAAAAGAAAAUUUGGGAUAAAGUGGCAGUUCUUCAGGCACUUGCAUCCACAGUAAACAGGGACACCACAGCUGCCCCUUAUGCAUUUCAGGAUGAUCCUUAUCUCAUACCAACAACCUCUUUGGAAUCUCGUUCAUUUUUAUUGGCAAAGAAAUCUGGAGAGAAUGCAGCAAAAUUUAUUAUUAAUUCACACUCCAAAUAUUUUCAGAAGGACAUAGCUGAACCUCAUAUACCGUGUUUAAUGCCUGAGUACUUUGAACCGCAGAUUGAAGACAUAAGUGAAGCUGCCCUGAAGGAACGAAUUAAUCUCAAAAAAGUCAAAGCUUCUGUGGAUAUGUUUGAUCAGCUUUUGCAAGCAGGAACUGCUAUAUCUCUAGAAACAACUAAUAGUCUUUUGGAUUUACUGUGCUACUAUGGUGACCAAGAGCCCCCAGCUGAUUAUCAUUUUCAACAAACUGAAAAAUCAGAAGAAUUGGAAGAAGCUACAGAGGAAAGUAAUAAGAAAUCUAGGAAGAAGACCACUCAUGACUUUACCUGGAGAGAAAAAAACAAUGCUGAGAGGAUCUUUGCCCUAAUGCCAGAUAAAAAUGCACAUUCCUAUUGCACAAUGAUCCGGGGAAUGGUGAAGCACCGAGCUAAUAAGCAGGCAUUAAACUUGUACACUGAAUUGUUGAACAGCAGACUUAGUGCUGAUGUAUAUACCUUCAAUGCUUUGAUUGAAGCAACAGCAUUGGCAGCGAAUGAGAAAUUUGAGGAGAAAUGGAAUAAUAUGCAGGAGCUGUUGAAACAAAUGGUUGCACAGAAGGUGAAACCAAAUCUACAGACUUUUAAUACCAUUCUGAAAUGUCUCCGAAGAUUUCAUACAUUUGGGAGAAUGCCAGCCUUGCAGACUUUACGUGAAAUGAAAGCCAUCGGGAUAGAACCCUCACUUGCAACCUAUCACUAUAUUAUUCAACUGUUUUAUCAUCCUGAAGGCUCUUCAAAAAUGUCAUCCCUCAUAAUCUAUGAUAUAAUGAAUGAAUUAGUGGGGAAGAAAUUUUCCUCAGAGGAUCUGGAUGAUGAUAUGUUUUUUCAGUCAGCCAUGAGAGUUUGUUCAUCCCUCAGAGAUCUAGAACUUGCUUACCAAGUACAUGGCCUUUUAAACACUGGAGACAACUGGAAAUUCAUUGGACCAGAGCAUCGCCGUAUCUCCUAUUAUUCCAGGUUCUUCAAGUUGCUUUGUCUAAUGGAACAAAUUGAUACAACCCUGAAGUGGUAUAAGGACCUGAUACCUUCAGUCUUCUUUCCCCAUUCCCAAACAUUGAUAGAUCUUCUCCAAGCAUUGGAUGUGGCCAAUCGACUAGAAAUGAUUCCUCAGAUUUGGAAAGAUAGUAAAGAAUUUGGUCACACUUUUCGCAGUGAUCUGAGGGAAGAGAUCCUGAUGCUCAUGGCAAGGGAUAAGCACCCACCAGAGGUGGCAUUUGCUGACUGUGCUGCAGACAUCAAAUCUACUUACGAAAGCCAGGAUGCCAGGCAGACUGCCUCAGAUUGGCCAUCCAUACCUCUGAACUGUAUAGCUGUCCUCUUUUUAAGGGCUGGCAGAACCCAGGAAUCCUGGAAAAUGUUGGGGCUUUUCAGAAAGCAUAAUAAGAUCCCAAGAAACGAAUUGCUGAAUGAAUUUAUGGACAGUGCAAAAGCAUCUAACAGCCCUUCCCAGGCCAUUGAGGUAGUGAAGCUGGCGAGCACCUUCAGCUUACCUGUCUGUGAGGACCUCACCCAGAGAGUGAUGGCUAACUUUGCAAUCAGUCAGGAACAGAAGGAAGCCCUAGGAAACCUAACUGCAUUGAGUAGCGACAGUGAUAGUGGCAGCAGCAGUGACAGCGACAUCAGUGAAGACAAAUAA